AUGGAUUCGUCUUUAAUUGUAGCUGUAAGGUUGAGGCCAUUCACGAAAAAUGAGGCUUCGGAUGGGUCAGUGUGUCUGGCGAGUAUGCCAAAACCUGGCAUUGUUCAUAUAUACGAACCUGGUCUCAAGAACAAAAAUGUCCGUGAAUAUAAAUAUGACCACACAUUCUGGUCCCUAGACACAGAAAAAAGUUCCAUACCAUAUGCAAGUCAGGAAACGGUCUAUACCACAAUCGGUUAUCCUUUACUACUCAAGACCCUCGAUGGAUUCAACACAUGCAUUUUCGCGUACGGCAUGACUUCUUCAGGAAAGACCUAUAGUAUAACUGGUCCACCGAAUGAUCCAGGGAUCAUUCCUCGAAUUAUCAAAGACUUAUUUGAAAAUAUUGAAAAAAGAACGAUAUAUAAUGAACGGAUACGUGAUCUUCUCUGCCUAAAUCCAUCUGGAAACGGGCUUGUGGUUCGUGAGCAUCCAGUAACUGGCCCUUAUAUUGAUGGUUUAUUAUGUAAAGAUGUCUUUUGUGAGUCUGAUGUCACUAACUGGCUUGAUUUUGGAGGUCGUGUACGCACUGUUGCUGCAACUCCCUUAAAUGAAAACAGUAGCCGGUCACAUACUGUACUUGUUUUGUCGGUGACCAGGCGUUCCACUACUAAAUAUUCUCUAGGAGAUGUUGACAAUGUAUAUAAUAGUCGGAUUACUAUUGUUGAUCUUGCCGGCAGUGAACGCCAGACAUCGUCAUCCACUGUGGGUGGACGUUUUAUUGAAAGUUGUCAAAUCAACAAGUCUUUAUUCACUCUUGGCAAGGUUAUUACACAACUUUCUCAAAAUGCUGCCAACAAUAAAAGACCUAUGACAAUUAUAGAGCAAAGAUCAGCUGUUCGAAAUGUUCCUCCAGUGACUUCAGUCACUCCGUGUCGAUUAAUUAAUAAAAGAAAAGAUUUUGUUUCUUAUCGGGAUUCAUUACUAACCUGGCUACUGAAGGAUAGUUUAGGAGGGAAUGCAAUAACUGUAAUGCUAGCAACAAUCAGUCCAUGUAUUUCGCAUUACGAUGAAACGUUGAGUACUUUACGUUAUGCUAAGAAAGCCUCAUCUAUUGUUAAUUCAGCAGUGGUCAAUGAAGAUCCGAAAAGCCGGUUAAUUCGUGAAUUAAUGUCUGAAAUACGUGCAUUACGUGAAAAAGUAUCAUCAGUUUCAUAUGAGUCCGGUACAAGUCAAGCAUAUGAGAUGGCUAAACUAAAAGAAUUGAUUUCACUCCGUGAAGAUGAUGUCCACCAAUUACGAAGGAGACUAACUGAUCGUCAUUUCCCGCAUAGAAGUAAGUCUACGGAGGCCGCCACUAUCACAACGGAACGAUGCAAGUCAACUCAAACUUCAGAAGAAUUGUAUUCUGUUGAACCGGAUCCACUGUUUCAAGUUUCUCGCAAUUCACUUUUCAAUGAAAACCGUAGAAGUGUAAUUAAAACACCAUUACGCCAAAAGAAUGAAAACAAUGUAUCAGAUUCUCAAGAUUCACAACCACCAUUACCGUCCACAUGUGAUGUUCCCACUUCUAUUGGUCAUUCUUUAUUGUGUAGUCCAGAAAAACAUUGUGAACUGAUUGAACAAAUUAAGAAUUUAAAGUGUUCUUUGAAAUCUGCACAAGAUAAAUUGAUGAGAGAAUCUCUGUCAGCGAAAUCUGCCAAUUGUAAAGUAGAGGAGCUUAGUCAGAAGGUGUGUAGAUUGGAGGAAAAUCUGGCCUCUCAAACAUGUUUACUUCAAAAUUUUAGACAAGCAUUUGACAGUUUGAAUCGAAACUAUCAAUCAGUUUUACAAUCACUGCCCCACUUGCUGAAGAAGGUUGCACGUGUAGCUGAACCUAAUUGUGUACUUGGCGAUAUUACUAGUCAACUGAACCAGUGUUUGGAUCUACGUCCUGGCUGCAUUCCUGUGGACGGAUCUUCAGCCAAUCUUCAAAGACAUACUGUCCUUUCCUGUAUACCUGAAAAGCCCAGAAAAAAUGAAGAUGAAUCACAGUUCCCAAGGUAG